GAAAAGAAGCUCAAAACGAGAAAAUGCGGAUUUAUACUGUGCGCUAUACUAACUGAAGUUUGUUUGGAAAUGGGGGCUAAACCCUCAUCCAUUAGCGACCUGCAGCAUAAUCCCGUGCUCCAGAAGUUUACUGGAGACACAGCGAUAGGAGAAGAAGAAGAAUUCUGGGAAGAUAUUUUGGCAUUUUCAUUUCAAGCUCCGUACAACAGUGCUGAUGCAAGGUUGUUGGAAGAGGCGACAGAACCAAUCUGUCAAAGGCUAGUUGGAAAUAAUUUGAAGACAAACAAUUUUGUCACUCUCAUUAAGGUGUUUCUAAAAAGGAUUCCUGAUCUGAAAGACAACACAAAGUGUGAUGAGGACGACUUCACCUGGGAAACAUACAAUGCCAUCCUUCUUGUUCGUAGUUUUUCAAAGUAUUUUAUUGAGUUGUUACCCAAUGAAGAAGUUAUAAGACACAUGGGUGGCUCUGUGGUGAAAUCACAGAGUGAUGAAGAAGUGGCUGGCUUCACUGGACAAGUACUCCAUUGUACAGAUUGUGGUGUUAUUGAGGAUCUUAUUUGUGGUCUUGUAGAUGUCCUUGCCAAUGUGCCUGUCAGUGAAGUCACAUAUCCUAUCCAUGUUGAAGCUAUCAACACUCUGUUAGUUAUGUUGUCAGUUCAAAUGUUUGACCCAGGUGCAUCUCACAGUAGUAUCUUCUAUCAAGUUAUUAUGAAAGGAAAAUGCAAUUCAAGUGCAAAUGAUCUUGUGAGAGUUCUUUUAAAGAACUUGAUCAAAAGAGAGAAAACUCCACCAGAGCUCACAAGAGUUAGUAAUGGAGGCUGGUUCUCUGGUGUUUGGUCUUGGUUUGGUUCUCAAAAUGCAGAUGACGAUGAUUCAUCUUUGCUGGCAAAUCAGAGCUUACUACUGUUGCUUGUACUUGUAAACCAUUGUACACAGGACAAGAGAAAACUCAACCCUUACAGACAUGCAUUGUUUUCCUUCACUAACAGGAAACUCAAAGAAAAUACAACAGAAGGUGAUAAUUCAGAACAAGAAGGGGAGCCGUCUUUUACACUUCACAUAGGAAUGUUGUUCACUGCUGUCUGCAGAGACUUGCACAAAGAUCAGACAACACUUCUGUUGUAUUUAUUACUGCAUCGCAAUCCCAAUGUGGCAUCCUUUAUCCUUUCAAGGACAGAUAUAGAUAACUUGGUGAUGCCAAUCCUUAAACUUCUCUACAGUGCAGAUGAUCACAAUGCUCACCACAUUUACAUGUCACUUAUUAUCCUGUUAAUAUUGAGUCAGGAUGAAAACUUCAACAAGUCUGUGCAUGAACUGGUAAUACCAUCUAUCCCGUGGUAUACGGAACGAGUCAUUACAAAUAUUACCCUGGGGGGUCUACUGGUGUUAGUUGUGCUCAGAACAAUACAGUAUAAUAUGACAAAGAUGAGGGACAAAUACCUGCAUACAAACUGCCUGGCGACCCUGGCUAACAUGUCUUCACAAUUCCACGCACUUCAUCCUUAUGUAACACAGAGAAUAGUUAGUUUGUAUGCACUACUUUCAAAGAAGCAUGCCAAAGUGACGGAACUUAUAAAACAAGCUGAAAGUAAUUCACAAGAGAAUGGCGAAGGAGCGCAAAACAGCGACCAUCUGUCCGAUCUUGCGAUUCUAGAAGAAGUGAUUCGAAUGGUGUUGGAGAUUAUCAAUUCCUGUGUAACGAACACUCUUCAUCAUAAUCCCAACCUGGUUUACACCUUACUACAUAGGAGAGAGCUGUUCGCUCAGUUUAGGACUCAUCCACUUUUUCACGAUAUUAUACAAAAUAUAGACACGGUGUUGGCAUUUUUCAGUGCUCGUCUGGAGCAGCACCCGGACCAGACUCUCUCGGUCGGAGUGGUUUUAGAUGUUAUUAAGCAAGGAACUCUUCAGUGGCCGAGAGACAGACUCAAGGUAACUAGUCUUUGUUCUCUCAAAAGAAAACACUGCAAAGUGUUUCUAUGUGACAUAAAGCACCUAUUCCGAUAAGCGCGCUUCUCUAAUAAUAAUAUCAGGGGUAGGCUUUUCCAGACAAUUCAUUGGCUUUUAUCGGUCACGUCCUAUUUACAGAGGAACUGGUCUUUUGAGCAUUUUACCUUAUUUGUUCAUGCUUGCGCACGUGUCUACCACCGGAAAUCCGGAAAAACAAAUACGCUAUUUCAUGCAUUUAUUGGCGAAAAGCGUCUUUAAUAAUUUAAUGGGCUGGUUUGACAGUCUCUAUCAGUUAUCCUAAAGAUUAACACAUAAACAUAAGUUGUGGAAUGCUCAACGUUUCAGUUCUAUGUUUUACUUUUUGAAACUGUUCCCUAGAAAACGUGGGAAAUGGCAUUUUCAAGC